AUGUCCACGCCGCCCUACAGGGUUGGAAUCAUCACCGUGUUGAUGAUGACAUUUCAUUUCCAACCUCCUCUGGCCAUGAGCAAGCUGGCACGUUCGCCCGGUGGCGGGGAACCUCAGCGAGAGCCCAGAAAGCCCAAAUGCUCACGGUGCCGCAACCAUGGCAUCAUAUCGCUCCUCAAGGGCCACAAACGAUUCUGCAGAUGGAAAGACUGCCACUGUGAAAAGUGUACGCUUAUUGCUGAGAGGCAGAAGAUCAUGGCAGCUCAGGUUUCCUUGAGGAGAGCGCAAGCUCAGGAUGAGGAGUUGGACCUCGUAAGAGCGGUCAACACGGUCCCGGUGUCUGCUGCCACAACAAGUGAUAACGUCCACGACGCGUAUGCUGGCGAAGGCGCUUCCUCUCUGAUGACUACCGCAGGCACAGGGAGCGAUUUGAACCCGCCGGGCGGAAGCAGGCCUUCCAACCAGGUCCAGUCAGAGCCGCACUUGGAAACCUCCUUCUACAACCUCGACCCUACUCCUUACUACCUGCCCGACUACAACAACUUCUACAACUACGAGCAAUAUCAGGUACAGGACGCUGGUCAUAUCUUCCCACAGUACCAAAUGCCUUCCUACUACUCCGGGACCACUUACCUACCCCAGAGUUCAGGCUCCUCCUUCUUCACCAUGGGGGGAAUGAGCUCCUCCAUGGGGAUGACCACUGCCCCCAUGUCAGCCGGCAGCAGCGUCGAGGUCGGCGCCGUCCAGGACCUUCCAGCCUACCAGGUGGUGGAGGACACCAACUCUGAGCCGGACGCCCAAGUCGUCACCAACUCUGGGUCCGACGGGUCCGACUAUCUCAUCGUUGACGAAGACGCGUGA